GCAGCAACACUGCUUUACAAGCAACCCCCGCCCCUUUAAAAAAAAAACACUUAGGAUCCAAGCAUGCCACCACAGCAGAGCUAGGUAUCCGCCUCUCCUCCCCCAAAGUCACCGCAGGCGCAGCAGCAGCAGCAGCGGCAGCAGCAGCAGGCUUCCCCCGUCCCACGGAGCCUCCGCCGAGUGAUGCCACUGCUGCAGCGGGAGGAUCAUCGCGCAGCCACCGCGUUUAUUACCCUCGCCUGCCGGAGGACCAAACAGCACCAUCGCGGCCUUUGACAGCAGCGGAGAAAGCCACCCCCCCACUCCCCUCUCCCGCCCCCCCUCUUUCGGCUCUUCUCCCAUCCCGUCUCCAGGAUGUCCGACAGCAGCGCCAGCCCCGCGGACCGGGUGAUCAAAUCGGUCCCCUUCCCCCUGGCCCACCGCCUCACCAUGAAGGAGGUGUUUGACUCGGAGGGCCGGCCACGGGUGGACCUGCUCAAAGCUCAUCUCACAAAGGAGGGCCGGCUGGAGGAAGCUGUGGCCCUGCGCAUCAUCGAUGAGGGCGCCGCCAUCCUGCGCCAGGAGCGCACCAUGUUGGAUAUUGAGGCGCCAGUCACGGUGUGUGGAGACAUCCACGGCCAGUUCUUCGACCUGAUGAAGUUGUUCGAAGUGGGAGGCUCUCCUGCCAACACACGCUACCUCUUCCUUGGGGACUAUGUGGAUAGGGGCUACUUCAGUAUCGAGUGUGUGCUGUACCUGUGGUCACUGAAAAUCCUCUACCCAAAGACGCUUUUUCUUCUACGAGGAAACCAUGAAUGUAGACAUCUGACAGAAUACUUUACCUUCAAACAAGAAUGUAAGAUCAAGUACUCGGAGCAGGUGUACGAUUCCUGCAUGGAGGCGUUUGAUUGCCUUCCUCUGGCGGCGCUGAUGAACCAGCAGUUUCUCUGUGUGCAUGGGGGGCUUUCACCGGAAAUCCACACGCUGGACGACAUCAAGAAGUUGGACCGAUUCAAGGAGCCCCCUGCGUUCGGGCCCAUGUGCGACCUGCUGUGGUCCGACCCCCUGGAAGACUUUGGCAAUGAGAAGACCCAGGAGUAUUUUGGCCACAACACAGUUAGAGGCUGCUCCUACUUCUACAGCUAUCCUGCAGUGUGCGAGUUCCUACAGACCAACAACCUGCUGUCCAUUAUCAGAGCGCACGAAGCCCAAGAUGCUGGAUACCGCAUGUACAGGAAGAGUCAGACUACAGGCUUCCCCUCCCUCAUCACCAUCUUCUCUGCUCCCAACUACCUGGAUGUCUACAACAACAAAGCGGCGGUGUUAAAGUAUGAGAACAAUGUGAUGAACAUCCGUCAGUUCAACUGCUCUCCGCAUCCCUACUGGCUGCCUAACUUCAUGGACGUCUUCACGUGGUCGCUGCCCUUCGUAGGAGAAAAAGUGACGGAGAUGCUGGUCAACGUCCUGAGCAUCUGCUCAGACGAUGAACUCAUGGACGGAGAGGAAAUCUAUGACGCCAGUGCAGCAGCAGCGAGGAAAGAGGUUAUCAAGAAUAAAAUCCGUGCCAUCGGGAAGAUGGCCAAGAUGUUCUCUGUGUUACGGGAGGAGAGCGAGAACGUUUUAACCCUGAAGGGACUGACUCCCACAGGCAUGCUGCCCAGUGGGGUCCUGUCCGGGGGCAAGCAGACCCUGCAGAGUGCUACCAUUGAGGCCAUUGAAGCUAUCGAGACAGUUAAGGAUCCUGAAGCCAUUCGAGGCUUCUCUCCGCAGCACCGGAUCAGCAGCUUCGAGGAGGCCAAAGGUCUGGACCGGAUUAACGAGAGGAUGCCGCCUAGACGCGACGCGGUCAACAGCGUGGGCCUGUCGAUGGGCCGCAUGAACAUGGGCGAACCCAACGGCACCGACAACAACAGCAAUAUCCAGUGAUCGCCAGAAAAAAAAAACAAAAAAAAAAACUUUCCCACCUGCCUGCAGUCUCUACAGUGAUAUUUAUCCAGUCGUGUACAUAGGCAUAUAUACACCAGAACAAGUCAUCGCACAUUUAGUAGACAAAAUCACACACUACACUACACAGACAUGAUUAAAUAGCCCCUUCCCUGAUGCCCUCAGCUGUUAUUUAAAGGCAUGACUUAGCCGGACUUUACCACAGAGAGGCUUUGGGGAGGGGGGGUCUUUCCUGAACUGAUCAGCCUGGUUCUUCAGAACCGAGACUCCCCUGUACCUGCACAACAACAGGAGAGCAGAUCAGGACUCUGAAGAGAGCUGCUGCUGUUUGCCGUGUGUUUUGGGGGACGGUGUCAGCGUGAUGUGCCUGCGUCGCUGUGUGUGUGUGUGUUGUGUGUGGGG